UUCAUUCGACAGUUUCGUGUGAGUCGCGUCCGGGUAAAGACUACAUUAUUUUAUUCAGCUCCAGAUGUGCCGUUGACCUAGCUCGUAAAGUGUUUUGUUGACUGUUUUGUUACGUUUGUUGUGUUGUGUGUUGGAAAGGUAUAGCAAAUAAGCAUCCAACAGUGACGAUGAAAUAGUUAUAUAAAGUGAAUAUAAAAGUAAAUGAAAAGUGAGUGACGUCCAGCAAGCCGGAUAGUAUGAACCAACACACCUGCUAGCGAAUGUUUGAAACGACACAACAAACGGAUACGAUGGUGCUACUGAACAGUUGGAUUGCAGUGCUUGUGACAUGUCUUCUAAUUACAGAAAUCAUUGGCCUAAAGCUCAAAACCGUACGAAUACCUCCAUAUAAAUUCCGAGGCGAAUUGGCCCUCCUCGAAUGUCACUAUGAGCUGAACGGCCAGCGAAAGGGACACAGUUCUCUCGAAAGCGGCAACCGCCGACACCAUGGAUAUCAGAACGACUACCUCGGCGAACGGUACGAGGAGGAGGAAAAGCUCUACUCGAUCAAAUGGUACAAGGACAACGAGGAGUUUUACCGGUACGUCCCGUCGGCUUCCCAGCCGAUCAAGAGCUACAAAAUCGAGGGCAUCCGGGUCGAUCCGAACCACUCGGACGGUACGAAGGUGUUGCUGCGAGGGUUAACACUCAAAUCGUCCGGCGUCUAUCGAUGCGAGAUCUCGGCCGAGGCGCCCAGCUUCGACUCGGUACAGGGUGAAGGUCGGAUGGAUGUGAUAUUUGUGCCCAAGGAUGGUCCCCACAUAAGCGACGGUGGACGACAAAGCUUUCAAAACGGUGAAACGAUGGAGCUGAACUGUACGUCCGGCCGAUCCUAUCCCGCCACCACCCUGCAAUGGUAUCUGAACGAUCUGCUCGUAACGGACCCGAACAACAUCAUCCAGUAUCCGGAGGUACAAAAUCAGCAUGGGCUGAUCACAACCUUCCUGGGGCUGAGUAUGGUCGUCAACCAUCGGCACUACAUCGAUGGCACGAUACGGAUAAAGUGCGUAGCCAACCUGUCGCCCGUCUUGUGGCGGGGUGGCCAGGAAAGUAUCGUCCAGUGGGAGCAGCCGCCCAUCGACAAUCGUGUUGCCAUGCUUUUAGUCAAAAGCAGUGGCAAUACCAGAAACCGAAUCUUUAUAGUGCCCUUUCUAAGUCUUGUAAUUUAUGCCAUUUUCCCAAUGCAUGCGUGCGUGUGUUGAUGGUAGUCUAUUAUCGAAGUAAAAUUAAAACACACACUCCCCCAUCGAAUUAGUAAUAUAAUUUUAGUUUCAAUAAAAAAACAUGUGCAAUAAGCUUCUUUCAUUAGGAAGUUGUUACUUUUACGACAUCUUAGUGUUGUUCCAUUUUUAUGUUCCUUAACGCAUUUCAUUGGUAUCGAUUGGCAUUUGAAUGGUUUUUUUAGUAGUUUUAAAUUGACUUUAAGAAACAAAUCCCCUUUUUAUGUAAAAUGAAAAUACUAUAAGAUCUAGUUCAAGUAUUAUGCAAGCAAUUAAAACAAUCGUACAGUAGCAAACUCCCUUUGUAAAUAUCAAUAACAAAAACCAUUCAUACACAUUUGUUUUGAGAAGCACCGUGAAACGGUACAUAUUAUAAAGAAACAGAAUUUAAAACAAAUCAAAGCUGUACAGUACACCGUUUACGUUAGUAAUCGAUCAGUAAGACACAUUUUCAACCGUACCAGUUAAAUAGACUAAAGCGAGAUGGCGAUGUUGUACAUGAAAGUAGUAAUCAAAAUUCGUAGUAAAACUAUAAUGAUGCAGCCCGUAAUGAUGGCGAGAAACAAUUACUUACAUUCUCAACAGAGGUUGGAAGAGAAAUUGUGAAGCAAACAUUCUGCUUAGAUUUGAUUUUGUAAAUAAAGUUGUCCAACACGAUGAUACAUCUUUACCA